AUGGGAAUCCCCAAUCUCUGGCCCGAGCUCUCCUCCUCCGCAACCACUACCACCCUCCCCAUCUACUGUCUCACCUCCUUCACCACCAACACCAACACCUCCCGCGGGCUUCGCCUUGGCAUCGAUGCCUCACUCUGGCUCUUCCACGCACAACAAUCUUCCGGAGGCUCCAACCCUUACCUUCGACUCCUCUUCUACCGACUCGCCAAGCUCCUCACCCUGCCCGUCCUACCUUUGUUCGUAUUCGACGGAUCCGAACGCCCCACCUGGAAGCGAGGAAAGCAAGUCAAAGGCAAGCAACAUGCAAUCGAGCAUCCCUUCACCCAACUUAUAGAAGCAUUCGGCUUUCAAUGGUGUAGAGCGAGAGGAGAGGCGGAGGCGGAACUGGCUUGGCUGAAUACGGAGGGUGUGGUGGAUGCGGUGUUGACGGAUGACAGUGAUGCGUUGUUGUUCGGUGCGCAAACGGUUGUGAGGAACUGGGGGAGGAAUUUGUCUGGGACUAAGGCUUUUAAUAGGACGACUUCGGGUGGUAGUGAUGUGUUCCAGGAUGAAGAAUCAAGUUCCACUACAGUAGGAGGGGGAGGAGGGUUGCAGCUCACCGGAUCAGACAGAGAUCUCCGAAUAACGCUCUACAAGGCAUCCGAUAUGCUCUCCCAUCCCGACCUCGGACUCGAUCAGAACGGACUCAUAUUGAUAGCGCUUAUGUCAGGAGGGGACUAUGAUACGACAGGACUACUACAAUGCGGUGUGAAAAUUGCCAUCGCUCUCGCCCGAGGUGGGUUUGGAACAAGUCUCAUCUCCGCUUUCAAAUCUUCCUACCCGACUCUUACCUCCGCUGCUCAAACAUGCUUCCGGUUCGCCUCUUUCCUUUCCACCUGGCUGGAAGAGGUGAGGGAAGAACUCCGAACGAACAACCUAGGCUUCCUCCCCUCUCGUCGACCAAAAUUAGCGUCUACAAUCAAAGACUCUUUUCUGGCCACCCCCGAAUCCCGCCGCGUGCUCGCAUUCUAUGUCUACCCUCUCACUUCCAACAAAGGGAGCAGCGUCAAGAUGGAGGGUAAAGGUGGAGAACCAGACCUUCAACGACUGGCCUCGCUCGUGCAGCUAUAUUUUCAAUGGUCAAAAGAGGCAAUACUGGGCAAGUUCCGAAGGGUGUUAGGACCGGGAGUAGUAGUGCGAAGGUUAAGACAGCAAGUAGUGGAGGUGGUGGAUGGUGGGGGGAGCGAAGGUCCAUGGGGAGCUUUGGUUGACAGUCCCAGUAGUAAGGGUGUUAGGCGGUACAGGCUUGGGCUUGCAGCACCUAAUGAUGCCGGAGAGGAAGGAGGAAAGGAAGGAAAGGAAAAACCAAUGCACGAAAGUCCCAACGCAACCAGAAUAACCGAUUUUUUCUCACGCACAGCCAUCACCUCUCAACUCCCCACUACUCUCCCUCGGGUCUCAAUGGAAGGUGCGCAAACACCGACACUCGAUAUAAAAGCGAUCAGGUUGCAGCGUCGACAUGCAGCUCUAGCACCCUUUCUGGACUAUAGAUGUCUGGUUUCUGUAGAGGAAUUUGCACUGGCGGCUGAGAAAGGGAUUGAUGCGAGCUUCGAUGCUGAGUUGAAAGUCGGUCGAACGCAACAAGACGGUGAAUCCGAGACUGAAGUGGAGGAUGUUGAGGACGGCCCUUCCAGAGGCGGAAAGGUGGAUGACGGCAAGGAGCCUCUGUUGAUGUGGAUUCCCGAACCACUACUCCAGCUUAGCGUUAGCGGAGGGGACAAACUGCAGUCUUUCAUCAAAGAUCUGGAGAGGAAGAACGCAGCUAAAAGUGCCAAAAAGCCCUCUUCCGGUGCCGGUGGAGGAGGGAAGAAAGGUCAGAUGAGCCUGAUGUCUUUCGUCAAGCCCGGAGCCAAGCCAUCCCUCUCCAGCAUGACUACGAGGAGUUUUGCUCAUGGUGGAACGACCAAAUCCCAACCUCCCAGAGAAGAGCCGAUGACGCCGAGAACAUCAAGACAACUGCGCAUACCCAGUGGACUCAUGCGUCGGACUGAAUCUGUUCCCCUCCUCGCUUCCACUCGUAGCUUAGGUUUGGGCAGGAGAAGAGGGGUGGAAAAAAUCACUUCAAUGCCAGCAAAUCCAGCUUUGGAAGAAGGAGAGGGUGAUUCAAGUAUCGAGUUUCUUGGAGAGCUUGUCUCCUCUUCUUCACGCAGGAAUGAAAGGCAGGUGCAUAGUCGACCAAGUACUCCUCCCACCGAUGACAGCAGCGAAGAGGGAAGCAGUUCGAACAAGUCACCGAGAAAGAGCAAGACUCCAGCCAAAACUGUAUCAAGCGACAGCGGAAGAGGAGAAAGGAGAGAUACACCUUCACAACGCGCACUAGCAGAACCAUCCACAGACGAGGAAGAAGGAAUGGACAACGACAAAGGUGAAAUCAUCCCUCCCCGCCCAACACGUUUAUUCGGCGCAACCCUGGCCAGCGCCAUUCGUCAGAAUGCCAAACCUCGGAAGCCGAGGAUAUCAGCAAUAACCAUAAGCGAAGAUUCCGAUAACGAAUGA